UUUUUUUUUUUUUUUUUUUUUUUUGUCUUUUUGCCAUUUCUUGGACUGCUCCCACGGCAUAUGGAGGUUCCCAGCCUAGGAGUCGAAUCAGAGCUGUAGCCAUUGGCCUAUGCCAGAGCCACAGCCACGUGGGAUCCGAGCCGUGACUGCAACCUACACCACAGCUCACAGCAACGCCAGAUCCUUAACCCAAUGAGCAAGGGCAGGGAUUGAACCUGCAACCUCAUGGUUCCUAGUCGGAUUCGUUAGCCACUGAGGCAUGAUGGGAACUCCCAGGCUCUUUCAAUAUAAUGUAUAUGGCCGUACUUCAUAGUGAAGGAGGUUCUUUAUGGAUAAAAAAAAGCAUACUAGACUCCUAGAGCAAGUAGCUUAAGAAAGCAAGCAUUCAGAAUAUUCACCGUCUGCUUUGGUGGAGUUUUCGACAAUAAUAAGGGUAGAGUCAGAAAGGCACACGUACAGGCAUCUCCAUUUCCUCUUCAUAGUCUCAUCUCCUCAGUAUCGCCUCUGCGUCCAUGGGCCUCACUAGACUGUGGACGCGGAUGGACCAUGUAUCAUCUGCGGCAUCUCCCAUUUCCUGCUCAUGCACCUACCUGCUCUGCAGGACGUCUGGCCUCCUUGACAGUCUCCCCCAAUCCUUUUAUGUCUGGAUGCCCAGGGACGUCUUCUAUGUACUGAUGCGUUAGUCCAUCUGCUGGUUAUCAUGGAGCGUCGUCUCCAUGUCACUUCCUUGCUUGCUCACAUCUUCAUAAAACCCUUGAGAGGGCCUCGGCCUCGCUAAUCAUGACUCCAGUUCCGUGUGUCUGGAGAUCUCAUUCAGAGCUCUCUCUGUUGCCAACUCUUGAACAGAAGGGAAGAUGUUCCUUCAGAUCACACGCUGUAGCUGGGGUCUUAAGCCAUGCAGCCCAUGUACUUUUUCAUAUUAUGCCAAAGUUUAUGGCGUAGAACCUGGGGAAUUUGUCCUGAAGCAGGUGCAUAGAAUACUGUUCUCGAUUCCUGUUUUUUCUGUCUGUCCGUUCCAUUUCCCCAUCUGAUGCAGAACAGGGCCACACAACAUGAUGCUAAUACCCUCAUCCUUGAGCCAGGAAACAAAAGUGUUCACUCACAUGGCUUGGUGGGCGCUCAUGGAACUUCCACGUCAUCAUGUAUACCUGGUUAUGUGUCUCAUCCUUUGAAGUUCUUGAGGACUCCCAUAGAGGUCAGUGAGGGUCCAGAUAAAUUACUACUUAAUAAAAAUGACAGUAACCUUGAAGUAGUUACAUGAUUGUCUAUUUCACCUUCGAAUCUCUCCCUUUGAAAAUUAUUUAUUUUGAAUAUAACCACGCCUUACUAUUUAAAAUCUUUGUGUAUAUAUGUAUAUAUCCAGUAUGUAAAUGUGAAUAUAAAUCACAUACCUGGUAGCAUAAGGUGUGUGUGUGUAUGACACAAAGUAGCAUGAUACGUAUAUGAGUAAGUCGAUGUUCCGAUCCGUGUGAUUGAUACACAUGCAUCAGAUGUGUAAGCAUCAAAUGGGGUAGUGUAAUGUAUGUGUGUGUACGUGUAUACAGGAAUCCCACACGGUAAUAUAAUGUGUUUGCAUGUGUGUGUGAAUCAGACAGAGAGUACUGUAAUAUGUGUAAGAAUGGGGGACAGACAAGCAUGGCAUCUGUGUGUGCAUAUGUGUGUUUGCAUAUGAUUCACACACAUAGUAGUGUAAGGUAAGUGUGUGUGUGUGUGUAUGAAUCAGAGUAGUGUAAUUGGAAAAACGCAGGGCAAAUAAAACUAUCUGAAAUGAUUCUGAAAUGAUCAUACCUGCAUGACAUUGUGUAAAGCACAUAACCUUUCGAGGCACCAUUAGUAAAUUGUGAGAUUUUUACUCAGUCUUGCUAUGGUCCUUCCUGCUUCUGUGGCUAGCCUAUUCCAUCACUGAGUGGGUUAUUAUAUCUGUAAUGAUAUUUAUAACUGACCUUUCUGUAUUCAGAAUCCGUGUUGUAUCUUUGUUAGCUACUGUGGGAGAGAGACACAGUAACUCUAAUUUCAUAGUUAUUUUUCUGAACUCUUCCCAAACUGACCCCUGGUUUUUAUAAUGAGAGGAAGGCAACACUUCCCUGGAUGUCCUUGAGAAACCACAUUUUCUAAAUCCUUGCAUCAACAAAAAAUAUCACUGCAGUCUUCACCCGUCUUGUUAAGGCUACAUGGCCCUGUAAUACCUAAUGAUUUGAGUGGGAAAUCCUUGAAGUCAGUGUUUAGGCAGUGCCUAGGUAGUAGUCCCUGCCUCAAGCUCCAUACUUGGCAUAUAUCUGUGGAAAGAACAAAUGGUUGUAUGAGAAGAUGCAUUUUAAUAAUUCACUGUCAUCUGUGUGCCCAGGUGUUUGCUGAAGAUUUCUUUGCGAUGUUGUAGUUGGAGCUGGUGGGGAGAGACGGUUUCUUACCCUGGUGGUUGCGAGAUGGCAAGUGCUAUUUUGAUGCUGUUUGUAACUGUGAUAGAGAAGCUGAGGGAUGGUGGGAGUAGAAUGUUAGUGCGUUUCUAUCUUUGGGGAACAGUUGCUGCACCCCUUUUGGAGGAACCAUCUUAAACCAGUGAACCACAUUAUUUCAUUAGCUCUGUGUCUGUAGAAUCGUAUGGGGGCUUUCCCUCUGGGCAUAAAUCUUGUGUCCAUAGGGCACUGAAGCAGUUAAUCUAAAUGCUCUCUUUUGGACUCAAAGUGCAGUGCGGACAGAGCCCUGAGUUAUGAUGCUGGAACAUCAGAAGGUCCUGCUCUACUCAUGGAAUAUUCUUACUAGCUUGUGGUCACUGCAGUGGGAAGCGAAAAACUCUGUGUGGGGAAAUUAUAACCAUUAAAAGAAAAUUUGGUAAUCAAACAUGAAAGAACACCUCUUUCACUCAUGAAAUGCCUUUACUUUUUUUGUGUGUUUGUUUUCGUUUUUUUAAUUUCAAAAUCCAUUUGAGCAUUCCUCACUAAUAAAGCUUGCUGCGAUGGCAAAAAACGGCUUUCAGAGGCCCUUAGUCAGCUUAGGCUGAUUAGGUGUAGUGGUAAUUAAUUCUUACUUUGAUACCUCGUUGGCCUUCUUACUUGCGGAAAAGGAGUAAACAUGAGAAAUAGGAUUUUAAAAGAUGUGGGUGGUUAUAAGCUAUGCCGCAUGUUCUUCAGAAAGAUAUGUGGCCCUAAAAUUAAUGCGAUGAGAACUUGUUGUAUGAAGUUGGUUUACCCAGCGGGUUUUAAAAAUGUUUUAAUUGGAAUUCCUGUCUUGGCUCAGUGGAAACGAAUGUGACUAGCAUUCACGAGGACGCAGGUUCGAUCCCUGGCCUCGCUUAGUGGGUUAAGGAUCUAGUGUUGCCAUGAGCUGUGGUGUAGGUCACAGACUCGGCUUGGACCUGGUGUUGCUGUGGCUGUGGUGUAGGCCAGCAGCCACAGCUCCUAUUCGACCCCUAGCCUGGGAACCUCCGAAUGCUGUAGGUGUGGCCCUACAAAGACAAAAAAAAAAACCUUUUCAUUAAACAUAUUUAUACAUUUUUUAAGUUGAUUUUUAUUUUAUGUUGGCUUAUGAAAUCUACCAUGUUGUCUGUACAGCAGAAAUUGUCAAAACAUUGUAAAUCAACUCAAACAGAAAAAAGAAAAAAUCUUACCAAAAAAAUCUAUGAUGUUGUAUCAGUUUAAGGUGGACAGCAAAGUUAUUCAGUUAUACAUAUGCAUCUAUCUCUUCUUUUAUGGAAGCAGUUUUGAUGUCCUUAAAGUUGAGUGUAAAGACAAAAAAAAACAAGCCAAAAACAAAACCCAUUUAGGUUUUGUAUGCUUCGUAUUGGCUGUCAGUUAGCUCUUUUCAUCAGACCGUCUGACAGCGUUUUGAAAUGUGGGCAUUAGGUUUGUGCCCACUCUCACCUCAGUGAGGAGCCUUCUUCCAGAGUCCACAUGAAACGAAAGGUUCAUCUUAGGGGGUGGUGGGCAAGGCAGAACUCCCUCGCCUUAAGGAGCAGCCGGUGCGAGCAUUCUGCCAACUGGCUGGUUUGUGAGAAUGAGUGAAGUCAUCAAGGCCAGAGCUAUUUUCAUGCACGGACACGGAGCUCCGGGGCAGCUGGAGGUGCUGCACAGAUGAAGAGGUUUUCAGAAGCAGAAAAUUUCCCUGCUGACUGAUAGCAUCCCCGCUUCCCACCGGCGGGGGCCUCUGACAUCUCCAGGCAGCACUAGGUCUGGUGUAAUAGCCCAGACAGAGGAGGGAUGGGGGAGUGUUUCUAGCCUUUCCCGGUUAUCCAAAGCCAGGUCUCCAUAUCAAGAUGCCAGGACCGCCCUCCAGGAUAGGUGGCCCCCUUGGUCAGGAAAAUAGGGGUGGUGCACAGCUGGAGGUGCAGGCUUCUGUUCAUGGAGCAAGACAGAUUCUUUUUCCUUUUUUUUUUUUUUCCUAUUUCUUUUACUCAAAAAGGUCAGAAAUGCAAAGGCUGCCCUUUGUGCUGACACCAUCCUGUAGGAGAUUAGGAGCAGAGUAAAGGAAGUGGGAUGUGCAUCAUGUAUAAUUUAUCAGCACAUUGAAAACAAAUUGAACAGCACGCUGGACAGUCAACCACUGCACAACAGCACCGAUGUGGGAGAAAAUGCCUUUCUCAAACCCUUAAGAAAAAGAUCGAUCACUUGUAAAACCAAUUUUUUGGUGUAAUCCGAACUGCGUUUUCCCAUUCUGAUCCUGAACUCUGCCUUGUGGGUUCUGCCACUAAAGAGCCUUCAGAAAUGCAUAAAUGAAUAUGUGAUGAGAGAAUCAUCUACCGGAUGCUGUUUUAACCACUUCCGAAAGGAUCUAAAAGUGUACACCGAGCUCCGGCCCUUCAGUGACUUCAAAAAAGUCCAGAUACAUCCACCAAAUGGAGAUAAAUUUAGCGAUAAUGAGAUACUAAGUUGGCGCCUAAGACAGUCACUCCUUUUCAGCUUCACUGAUGCAAGGAUUUUCAAUUCAAGAAGCAAGAGGUAUCGCCUGAUAAGUAGUUUCCUACAAUAGGAGUGAAUCAAAGCAGACCCUCUUCAGCAUGAGUGCACUCAGGGGUCAUGACUGUGGAAGCUGCCAUGAUUCAACCCUGUUGAGCAAUGGGCCGUCAGAGACAGGAAGCUGCCUUGUUUAUUCAAAGUAGGUACCACAGUCUCAGCCCGCUGAGCAAGGUUUUGCAGGCACUUUCAUUCUGAAUAGGAAGCCCUGGUGCAAGCAAAAACCAAAAAGCCAAAGUACUUGGGAUAGGUGUUGAUACCGUACUAAGGCUUUCAAGCUCUUGUUUAUUUUCUUAAUAUUUUUAAUUAAAAAGGCACAACCUUUACAUUUCUUUUUCAGUAACAGUUAACAGUUUAGCAAAGCUCUCAUGUAAGUCAGGAUUGGACAGAGUGCAUGGCCUGCAUUUCUACAAUGCUUGAUGAAUUCAAAGUUAAUGAAACCUUGAUGCAGGGAGGUGUGGCUUCCUUCAGACUCUUCCAAAAGGCGUAUAUUCAGAGGUUUCUGCUGUGUGUCAGCAGGACAAAAUCACCAUUGCCUUAGGAUUUCUGGGCAAGUGGGGGAGGGAUUGCAGAGUAAUUUGAUAGAAUUGGGGGCAUCAUUUGGAACAUUUUCAAUUACAGAUGAAGAAAGUAAUACUGCAAAGCGUCUUUCUUUCCUGAUAAUAUCAUAAUCUAAGAAUUAUCAUGGAAGUUAGAUGAAUGAAUCCAACUGAGAGUUGCUUCUGUUCAGUAUUAGACUUGUUAUUUGGGGGGGGGAUUAAGAAAAACUAUAGUAAUCUUAAAUGAAAGCUUUCCUAGAUAUAAUUUACUCUUUCUCUGAAGGCUAAAAGGAACUUGAGGAUCAUGAAAUCUGGUAUCGUUUUGAAAAGCCAGGCUUGAGAUCUAACUUCCUCCUUAUUGCUCUGGGACCAAGGGCACAUAACAUAUCUGGGGCCUCUGUUUCCUCGUUUGUAAGAUGACCUUAAUUAAAAGAAUCUCCCUGAAAGGAUUGUUGUGACAUUUUGAAAGAAUAACUCUGAAAGGCCCUAGUGUGAUGUCUAGUAUGUAGAAAGAGCAAAAUAAAGGUGGCCCGUUCGUAUGAUGACUAAUAAUGUUAUUUUCUUCUUCCUCAAGGCUCUCAUUUGAAAGAUUCAUUUUCACUUCCGUCUGACUAUUGGACCACGGUCUGCAUUUGGUCCACCACCCUCACCUCUGGUACUGGAAAAUAAUUUUCCUUCUGGUGGUCUGAAAUGAAGGCUCUAGCAGUAAUAAAGAUCAGAUCAAUGUGACUCUGGAAACAAAUGGAUGAAUGAAUAUCCAUAUGAAGAGGAAAACAAUAAAGAACAUCGACACCUUUGAGAACAGAAUGUUAAUGCUUGAUGGGAUGCCGGCAGUCAGAGUCAAAACAGAGCUUUUGGAAUCUGAACAAGGGUCUCCAAACGUCCACAACUACCCCGAUAUGGAAGCUGUUCCCCUGUUGCUAAAUAACGUGAAAGGGGAGCCCCCAGAGGACUCGUUAUCCGUAGAUCACUUCCAGACACAAACUGAGCCAGUGGACUUGUCAAUCAACAAAGCCAGGACAUCCCCCACAGCCGUCUCAUCCUCUCCGGUUUCCAUGACAGCGUCUGCCUCCUCACCUUCUUCAACUUCAACCUCUUCAUCGUCUUCUAGUCGUCCAGCCUCAUCCCCCACUGUUAUAACAUCAGUAUCUUCAGCAUCGUCUUCGUCCACAGUAUUAACUCCAGGGCCCCUUGUUGCCUCUGCAUCUGGUGUGGGAGGCCAGCAGUUUUUGCACAUUAUCCACCCUGUACCGCCUUCAAGUCCCAUGAAUUUACAGUCUAACAAACUGAGUCACGUUCACCGCAUCCCCGUGGUGGUACAGUCGGUGCCUGUCGUCUACACAGCUGUGCGGUCACCUGGAAAUGUGAACAACACUAUCGUAGUACCGCUUUUGGAGGAUGGGAGGAGCCAUGGCAAAGCACAAAUGGACCCCCGAGGCCUAUCUCCCAGACAAAGUAAAAGUGACAGUGAUGAUGAUGACCUGCCAAAUGUGACCUUAGAUAGCGUUAAUGAAACUGGAUCUACGGCCCUUUCCAUAGCCAGAGCAGUACAAGAGGUACAUCCGUCCCCAGUGUCCAGGGUCCGGGGAAAUCGAAUGAAUAAUCAGAAGUUUGCUUGUUCAAUCUCACCAUUUAGUAUUGAGAGCACAAGACGCCAGAGAAGGUCUGAAUCCCCAGACUCCAGAAAGCGGCGUAUCCACAGAUGUGAUUUUGAGGGAUGUAACAAAGUCUACACAAAGAGUUCUCACCUGAAGGCUCAUCGAAGGACGCACACAGGAGAGAAGCCCUACAAGUGUACCUGGGAAGGCUGCACCUGGAAGUUCGCUCGCUCGGAUGAACUGACGAGGCAUUACCGCAAACACACGGGAGUGAAGCCAUUCAAGUGCGCGGACUGUGAUCGCAGCUUUUCCCGGUCAGAUCACCUGGCACUGCACCGCCGGAGGCACAUGCUGGUGUGAGGAAGGCUACCUGUCCAGCUGAGCGUAAGAGCUGGAUCUCUUCGUGGCACCCAAUUCAGCAGGGCUGAAUCCCCUUCACAGUGUUAACGCGAAAGGGCAUCACCAUCCCACGAUGUCUGAAAGUCGAGCAGGAAAAAGAAGUUGUACCGCUUCUCCUUUCUGUCUGAAGGUAACCCCAUCAUGACUACACGAGAAACGACUUCAUGCGGGCCUGGGAGACCGGUGACACAAAGGCUGAAGAGACAGGCAUUGUUUUCCGUGCUGUGUACUCUGCCAUUUAAAGAUGUUUGUAGUUUGUACAUUUUCUGAGCUGUCAGACAUGUUGUGAUUGAUACUUUAACAGGUCAUCUGCCACAAAUGGAUGGCUAGAGCAAGACCUUGUAAUUUGGAUGGCUCUCCCCUCAUCCCACUCCCCGAGCCCCUUUUUACAAACGUUUUAGUUACUGUCUAAGUAAGAUAGAACACACAUCCAAUCUGUUACCAGCAAGCGGCAUGAAAGUAGAAAAGAAGAAGCUGUUGGAGAGGUUCCAUUACCUGGAAAGAAAGGAGCACUCAGGCAGCCCUUUGCAAUAGUGAUGGCGGCAGGCAACUCGAUACCAUCCGCGACUUGUCAUUAUGCCAUGCCCUGGAGAAACCCAACAUUGAUUCUUUCAUUUGUUUGUUGUUGAUCGUUUUUUGUUUUGUUUUGAUUCUGUUUUGUUCAUCUGUUGGAGCAGAGGGGCAGCGACAUUUCAGUUGGAGUCUAGUCCUGGUGUCUGCCCUGGCAUGGAUGGGCCCAGAGCUGUUCUGUAGUUGAAUAGGAAGAGCCUGUCAAAAAAAAAAAAAAAAAAAAAAAAAAAAAAACCACAACAACAACAAAAAAAAAAACUACUGCCCCACUUCACAUCGCAGUGUUCUGUCACCUAGGCAUCAUCUCUUCCUGCCCCUAGUAUUUGAUUACAAGGAAUCCGGCCGGGGGGUGGGGGGAACUUUCUUAGACACACUGGCACCAAGGUAAGAGGUGGGGCUGCCCAGGUAAAGUCAGUGAACAUGAAAAAAUCAGACAAAGUGGAGAUGGAAAGAAUGCACCUCUUGAGGAGAAAAGCAAUAAUGAAUAAAAGGACUUUCCUACAAUAACUUCACUGAGGACUCACAUUACCAAUUUUCAUACUUACUAAAGGGAUUGUAAAAAACACCCCAGUAUUUUAGAUGUCUUGGUUACAUUUACAGCACUGAGGUAAUCUUUCUGCUGUUUGUUGUCCUGCUUGGUUGAGUACCACAAUUAAAGAUUACGCUCCCCCUUUUCUUGUUUGAAAACAGUUAUUUGGUGACUAGAAAGGCCACAGAGGCAUAGCAGGGAAUUAACUCUUGGGUGAAUGGGUCAUUUCUCCUUGGAACUGAGUCAGUGGGAAGAGAAUGCUCCCCAAGGAAAUUCUGACAUGGUGCUAGUUUCCACCCUUGGAGAGCCAAGGAUAAGUGACUCUCCAAUAGGUUCUUCUCUACAGAUUUCAUUUUCUAAACUGUAUUAUUAGGACCCAGUGAUUCUGCAAUGGCAUCUACAGGGAUGCCGAACCCACUCAUCCUGUGCUGAGGGUGAGAGGAAAUUGUAGUCCCAUCCACCCCCUAAAAAUUAUGAGCCUUUUUUGCAACUAGCAGAGUCUAUAAUAAACAAAGCAAUACAUCACCAAUGAGCAUUCUUUCAGAAAAAUUAUCAUAUUUUUUCCCCACUAAAAGCUGGGUUUUUUCAGCUUUUUGUGGCUAAGGGGCUUGGUGAGGUUUUGUUUUGUUUUGUUUUGUUAAUUGUUGUUGUUGUUGUUAAGAUUUUUUAUAGCUUAGAUAUAAGAAGUUGCCAGCAUAGACCUUUGCAAUAUAUUUUAAUUACAAACACUUGAUUUGGGGAACUGCACAAAUUAACCUCAAAAUAGUAGUAGCUCAUUUUUAAAGGUUUGAACAUUCUGAAAUGAUUUUUAGUUGCAGAAUUAUCCUUUUCAGGAUCAUCUUCUAGUUCAGAUAAUCUUAUUCUGAUAAAGCAAAAACUAUAAACAUUGAAACAAGGAUGAUUUGUGUUGGAUGGCAUGAAAAGGAUUUUUUUUUUUUUGUUUAAGGUUCAAGCAACAGCGUAAUGAUUUUCAGGUCAAAUUCUGUCUUCAAAAAUGUUUGCUCUACAUUUUCUGCCACAUCUGAAAAAUUCAUCAGGCAAUUUCCCUCCAACAAGGGCUGCAAUUCUAUGGAUAAAUAGCUUCUUUAGGUACACAAUGUACUACCCACCAAGCACCGGGGGUAUGUUUUGUUUGUGUGUUUGUUUUUUACUAACUGGAAAGUUUUAUCUGUACUGUAUGCAACUCCUACUUCUCAUUGCCUCUGACCAUUUUGAAUAGAAAUGCCAGUGUCGGUUACUGGUCAGUGGCAAAGAACACAGAGCAUACCGAACACAGAGCACAGCGAACACAGCUGUGAAGCCCUCUAUGCUAGUCCUGGAACCCAGUUGGCAGGUAGUAGGUGAAUCACUCAGGUGAAGGGCAGACUUGAUUGAAUUCUGCCUGCUCUCAUAAGAAGGGCCAAUCCUUUUCUCUGCUAAGAGAUCUUGAGAAUAUUACAGGUAGAAAUGGUUUUUAGAAAUCAUAGAACUGACAGGCAGCGGGAGCUUCCUGAGUGACAGCUUGCUUUAAAUUUAGCACAGAAUGAAAUGAGAUGCUCCCCUCUAAUAACAUAGGAAAGAUUCAGGGAAGUGAGCGUUUCUGCUUACCCCCUGAAAGUGGAAACCCAACUGAGAAAGUUUACUGAUAAAACCUGUCAGCAUUAUAUCAUUUCCCCCUUUUGACCUAUUGAUACUUCUAAGGAGGGAUCCAAGCACAAGUAGUGAAUGAAUGGCUGAUCUAGUCCCAGGACUGAAACUUACCUGGGGCUUGUCUUGGGACAUAGCAAAUUUUCCUUGGCGAAGGAAAGUGUUUCCCCUUGGAAAGGAAAGUGGUUUGGAAGAGAAGGAAUUACAUUUCUUCAGGCAUGGAAAAGCCUCUUCCAUUUUGUCUUAGUCCAUUCUAGCCUCUUUUAAAAAGCACAGUAGAUGAUGAACAACAGAAAAGGAGUAGAAUCCAAAGGACUUCUCAGUUGUUCACUAACUGGAAACAUUCUUUGGUUUUAAAUUUGAAGCUGUUUAAUUUGCAGCUGGGCAUAUGUACGUGUUUCAGAACUUAGACACAGGGAGCUGUAAUGGCUUGAGAAGCUACAGUCGACCUGACUAUCUCGUUUGCAUUGCAGAGAUUGAUUUUAAGGAAGUUAAUAUUAUUUGGAAAGCUAUGAGGUUCAGACUUUGAUGUUUUAAUAGAUUUCUUCCUCACAUUAUGAUCUUAGGCUGUUUGGGGAAAGAUUCUCACUUCCCCAUUCACCUCCAUCCCAUUAAUUUUGUGUGGACUCUGAGAAGCCUGCUUGAUAACUUGUCUUAAGUUCUAUUAAGGCAUUUAGACUGAAAUUCUUAAGGGCUUUACCAUAUACAUUAUUCUAUUUCCUGACAUUACUUUUACAAAACACUAUAGGACAUUUAUUUUCAAAAGCAGUUGAAUAACAGUAACAUAAACCACAUUUUUUUAACAAAAAAAAAAAGAGCACUUUUUAUUCACUUUAAAGUUUAAGUGGAAAAUAGGAAGAGAAAUGUCAGGGGAAAAAAAACCUUGCAAAAUGCUACCGAGUUUACAGAUGCCAGUUCUAGAUGAUUAAAAAGCCCAUUCUCCUUAUGAUUGAAAUUUGGCAUAGCUUAUACAAAAAUUGUGUUCAUUUUUAUACAGUUGUUGUGACUUCAAAUUGCUUUGUGUUUUAAACAUAAAUAUAAUUCUGCACUUUGAAAUCAGUUCAUUAGAAUGAUAACAUGUAUAUGGAUAAAGAUGCAGUAUUCCUCAUUCUGUACUUUAUUUAUUAUACUUACCAAAGCUGCAAUUGAAUAAAUCUGGUGAGGUGAGGCCUUCAGAUGUAUUAGUACGCCUUUGUUAUAUUGUUAUGACUGCUUAGAAGUGUAGCCAUGAUGUCGUUAUAAAGGUGUCUUAACAUUUAGAGUAAGGAUUGACAGAAUUGAAGCAGUGUUAAGAAUACCAGCAUUCAUGAUGUGUUGAGUUGUAGUCUUUGUGUAAGGGACUGAAUGUGAGAUAACUAUUAUGAAUCAUAAUAGGCCCAGGAAGCCUUAAUACUCAUAGUCCAUAAUCCAGUCUCAGAUUUUGGUCCUUACUAACUAACGCCUGUAAAUUUAGGAGGUAAAUGUAUUCUACAGCUUCAUUGAUCAGAUCUCUUCCUUCCAGUUUUCCGAGGUAGUGCAUCUCAUUAAAAAAUCAAUUUGAUUUGCUUUUGUUUAGUAAAAGGGUUUGGUAAACCAUGUCUUCCAUAUCACAUUUCUACGUAUCCCCACACUGCCUUCCUCUUACCUGUACAGGCACCGCCAACACAUGCACACCUGAAUACACACCUGUAUAUGCAGCAGCCAGUGGGCUAAUAAAUAUCAAUGAAGAACUUUUUUAAAAAAGAAUGAAUUUGUAAUAAUCCAUGCUGUCUAGAAAUGUAAGUUAUUUACCUUAUUAAGGAAUCAGCUUAUGAUGCUAUAUAUGACUUUGCCUGCAUUUUAUAGUUAAGAAGUGUACAUAAAAAUUUUAAAUGCUAUAUUUUCUCAGUUUCAUUAUAGAAUAAUGUCUGUUUAGCAACCCAUGUCCAUUGGUACUUUAAAUAUGCUAAAUACUGUGCAAUUGCAAUAGAAAUUCAGAUUUUCAUAAGAAAAUGAAAUAGGAUACUGCAUCUUAAAAGAAAAUAGAGUGAAGCUAUUUUGCUGUAUUCGUAACAUAUGUGAUAGUGGAAAAGUAUUUUCAAACUCACAAAUUUUACAGAGGUUGUAAAUAGUUUGAUGAAGUAUGUUGGGAAAAAGAGCUUCUAGUUUUCAUCACAAUAAAAAAAGAAAAACUUGUUCAGAUAUGCCUUGUAUAUCUUACAUACAAUUAGCGGUGUUGCCAUGGCAACUCUGUUCCACUUGGUCAGAGCACAGCCCUCAUGCUCCCUGACAAAAUGCAGUGGCCACUUGUCGCCUUUCAGCCAGGAUGGGUUAGAACACAGUGAAGUCAUUUUAAGUUGCAGACAACUGAUUCCAAACUCGCAAUGUCUUUGCUUGAAAGAGCAAAACAGAUGCAU